AUGGCGAAACAAACCCAUUCCUCCCAUUCGAAGUAUUGCGAUGUUUUUUACACUUGCUCUUGUCACUGCCAUUCUUGGUUUUGUUUUUGCGCCGGAUCCCUUACAGUACCUGGAAAUUGCAGAGAUCCCAGGACUGCUCUUCCUCUGCUCACGGCAUACAGUGUUGCAGGGGGAGACCAUUUCUACACAACCUCCGUCACAGAGCACCAACACGCCAUUGCUGAAGUUGGGUACACCGACCAAGUUGGAACAUCCAGAUACAUCUUCUCCUCUCAGGAGCCCCACACUGUCCCCUUGUACAGGAUGUUUUCUGCCUCAAUUACAGACCACUUUUAUACCAUCGAUGAGGUGGAGUGCGUGUUUGCCAUCCGGGGAUUAGGGUAUGCCGACGAAGUAAUUGCUGAAUACGUCUAUGCUGACGCUGCUUGUGCUGCCAUCCCUGUUUAUCACCUUUGA